UGCGCAACAAUCAGCGCCGCGGAGCCGCCAAAGUGUCUAGACUGGCAUAUGAUGGGAGGCAGCCAAUGACUCCGCGGCGCUCCUCCGGGGGCCCUCAGUGUGCGUUUGAGGAGAACAAAAAAGAGAGGAGAGCCGAGCCGGGGAACGAGCGAGGGAGCUGAGCGGAGAGAAAGAGCCGCCGGGCGCUGCCUCGCCAAACCUCGCUGAGACCGCGGGGCCACCAGGAGGCACUUUGGUGGCGGGGGGAGGGGGGGCGACCUCGGCAGCCGCGGCGCCCGAAGCAACCGAGCGCAGCGUGGGGCGGGCUGAGACCUCUGCCUCGGUGGAUUGCAUUUUUAAUUACGGAUUCCCAGCAGCUAUUUAGGAUAUUUUUUACGGCUUCCACUCAAUGUGUUGACACCCGCGUUCAGGAGUGACUCGCUUCAAGCGCCCGGAGCGCCCGGGACCUGAGACGGAGUUGCUUUUCGUGCGCGCAAAUCCAAACAUUUGGGUUUUGUUUGGAAUCUUUUUUCUUUGCUUUCCACCCCCCUCUUUUUUUUUUCCUCCUUUUUUUCCUGCGGGGACCUGAGACUUAUCCACAAGCCUGCCUUUCAGAUCCUGCAGGGAAAGCUCAUGUAGCGAAGCGCUUGGCUUUUAAAAGGCAGGGUGCUGCAGAUAGAUUUGGGGGUUCGGCACGAGCGCUUUGUGCUCGUGGACCAGCCACGCAACUUUUGAAGGCUCGCAGGCCCAUGCGGGGUCUUUCCAACAUCGCGUCGCCCGUGGCCCCUCAAAGGUUCCAGGGCGGCUGGAGUUGAGCAGCCCCGGCCCGUCGCGGUCCAUGUAGUCCGUCCGCCCCGCGCGGACUGCGGCUCGGCGCGCGUGUGUUCCCGGCCGGUCCCGCCCGGGGUGCGAGUUCCCCUCAUGUUGCAGCCUUGCGGUGCCCCUUCGACGACAGGCUGUGCACCGUCUGCACGGCGCCCCGCGGCGGAGCUUCAUGUGGGGCUGCGGCCCGCGCAGCCCGCGCCUCGUUGAGGGAACGGACCCCCGGUAACCGGAGACCGCCUCCCCUCCCACCACCCCCGGCGCCAAAGGAUAUCGUAUGUUCAGGUCCAAACGCUCGGGGCUGGUGCGGCGACUUUGGCGAAGUCGUGUGGUCCCGGAUCCGGAGGAAGGCGGCGGCAGCGGCGGCGGCGGCGGCGGAGACAACGAUGGGAGCUUGGGCAGCCGAGCUGAGCCUGCCCCGCGGGCACGAGAGGGCGCCGGCUGCGGCCGCCCCGAAAUCCGCUCGGUAGCCCCGCGGAGGCCCCGGGACGCGGUGGGACAGCGAGGCGCCCCGAUCGCGGGGAGGCGCCGGCGCGCGGGUGGCCCCCCGAGGCCCAUGUCGGAGCCGGGGGCCGGCGCUGGGGGCUCCCCGCUGGACGUGGAGGAGCCGGGAGGCCCCGGCUGGCUGCCCGAGAGUGACUGCGAGACGGUGACCUGCUGCCUCUUCUCGGAGCGGGACGCUGCGGGCGCGCUCCGGGACGCCGGCGAUGCCCUGGCCGGGAUGUCCCCGGAGCCAGAGGAGGGCGGCGGGCCUCGGAGUCGCGAAACCCGCUCGCGGCUGUUGCUGCUGGAGCAGGAACUCAAGACGGUCACGUAUUCGCUGCUCAAGCGGCUCAAGGAGCGCUCUUUGGACACGCUGCUGGAGGCGGUGGAGUCCCGCGGUGGCGUGCCGGGUGGCUGCGUUCUGGUGCCGCGUGCGGAUCUCCGCCUGGCGGGCCAGCCCGCGCCGCCGCAGCUGCUGCUCGGCCGCCUCUUCCGCUGGCCCGACCUGCAGCACGCCGUGGAGCUGAAACCUCUCUGCGGCUGCCAUAGCUUCGCCGCCGCCGCCGACGGACCCACCGUAUGCUGCAACCCCUACCACUUCAGCCGGCUCUGCGGGCCAGAAUCACCGCCACCCCCCUACUCUCGGCUGUCUCCUCCUGAUGAGUACAAGCCACUGGAUCUGUCCGAUUCCACAUUGUCUUACACUGAAACCGAGGCCACCAACUCCUUCAUCACUGCUCCGGGUGAAUUCUCAGACGCCAGCAUGUCUCCAGACGCCACCAAGCCGAGCCACUGGUGCAGCGUGGCGUACUGGGAGCACCGGACGCGCGUGGGCCGCCUCUAUGCGGUGUACGACCAGGCCGUCAGCAUCUUCUACGACCUACCUCAGGGCAGCGGCUUCUGCCUGGGCCAGCUCAACCUGGAGCAACGCAGCGAGUCGGUGCGGCGCACGCGCAGCAAGAUCGGCUUCGGCAUCCUGCUCAGCAAGGAGCCGGAUGGCGUGUGGGCCUACAACCGUGGCGAGCACCCCAUCUUCGUCAACUCCCCGACGCUGGACGCGCCUGGAGGCCGGGCCCUGGUGGUGCGCAAGGUGCCCCCCGGCUAUUCCAUCAAGGUGUUCGACUUCGAGCGCUCGGGGCUGCUGCAGCACGCAGAUGCCGCCCACGGCCCCUACGACCCGCACAGCGUGCGCAUCAGCUUCGCCAAGGGCUGGGGACCCUGCUACUCGCGACAGUUCAUCACCUCCUGCCCCUGCUGGCUGGAGAUCCUUCUCAACAACCACAGAUAGCGUUGCGGUUGCCACCGCGCUGCAAAGUCCCCCCACCUCCAGGGGCCAGUGCCCAGAGACGCCGCCCCACGGACAUUACCCCCUCCCCAGAUAUCAUCUACCUAGAUUUAAUAUAAAGUUUUAUAUAUUAUAUGGAAAUAUAUAUUAUACUUGUAAUUAUGGAGUCAUUUUUACAAUGUAAUUAUUUAUGUAUGGUGCAAUGUGUGUAUAUGGACAAACAAGAAAGACGCACUUUGGCUUAUAAUUCUUUCAAUACAGAUAUAUUUUUUCUUUCUUCCCCUCUUCUUUCCUUUUUUUUUUUAUUUUAAAGAAAAUGAUACAGCAGAACUAGGUGGAAAAGCCUGGGUUUGAUGUUUGGUUUUUGAAAUAUUAAUGCCCAGACGAAAAGCUAAUAACAGUCACUCAAUAAUAAAGUAUUCGCAUUACA